AGUGGCAAGAACAAAGGCUCAAUUUUUGACUUCAACACAUCCAACAAUAGGAGUUUCAGGUCUGCUUGAGGCUCAAGACCCCAUUUGUCAGCCAACAGAGUUUGAAUACCAAACUUCUGAAGACCUUUCCACUGACAAGUUCACACCAUAUGUUAGCCUUUCAAUGCCAAUGUCUUCUACGUAUUAGUCAAUAUAACAGCUGACAAAUCAAGUCAUUGGUCAAAAAUGUCGGUUAGUGCUCUCCUAUCUUCACACCUCAUUAGACUGCAAAAAAUGAUAACCAGGGAAAAAUGAAAUCAUCCUUAAAUUCUCUUGUAGGAUUUUCGUAUUCAGGGCCAUAUUCAAAUUGUGCACAAUCCCACCAUGGAAAGGCCUUUCAGGGUUCCCUUUUCAGAGCUCUCAACCUCUUAUCUCAGCCUCUUUCUCUUCCUCCUGCUGCUCACUACUAAUGAAGCUGCUGAGCAUUCCAUCCCAGACCUGGUCUACUUAAUGGCCAUUAAAGAGAAUCUCACAGAUCCUUACCAAAAGCUCCAUAAUUGGAACAGUAGCAGUUCUCCUUGCACUUUUAAUGGGGUUAAAUGUGACAAGAGCAGCACCCAUGUCAUGGAACUUGAUCUCGGAAGCUUCAGCCUUGAAGGGUCAUUUCCAACUGCUGUUUGCAACCUCCAAAAUAUUACAUUCCUAUCACUGGCAAACAACUCAAUCAUGGGGGAGGUGCCCAAGGACCUAACUAACUGUGGCAAUCUGAGUUAUCUGAACUUAUCUCAAAAUCUUCUUAUAGGCGCCCUUCCUGAUUUUAUCUCGGAGCUAUCAAGUCUGGAAGUGCUGGAUUUAUCAAGCAACAAUUUUUCUGGUCCAAUUCCUUUGGAUUUUGCUCGAUUAGGAAAAUUACAGACGCUUGAUCUGUACUACAAUCUGUUGGGAGGAAAUAUUCCUAGUUUUCUGGGCAAUUUAACAAACUUGGUGCAUCUAAGAUUGACCCAAAAUCCUUUUGACAGUGGCGUUAUUCCACCAGAGAUUGGAAACAUGAUAAAGCUGCAGCAGAUAUGGCUAAGGCAGUGUAAUCUAACAGGGGAAAUUCCAGAUUCCUUUGGUGGAUUAUCAGAACUUCAGAAAUUGGAUGUUUCUCAAAAUAAUCUAACAGGGCUUUGGCCUGGGUGGACUAGCAACCUUGUGAAACUAACAAGUUUGCAGAUGUACACGAAUAGACUUGGUGGUGGUAUUCCAGCAGACAUUGGCAAGAUGAGCUCUUUGGAAAUGCUAGAUGUUUCGGGCAAUAUGCUCACAGGAUCACUUCCGGACAGUUUGGGGAAUUUAGGUAAGUUGACAUCUUUGCACCUAAUGAAUAAUCAAUUGACUGGAGCGAUUCCUGCUAGUCUUGAAAAUUUAACUAUGCUAAGGGAUUUGUCAUUGUUUAAGAAUUCUCUCCAUGGAGAAAUUCCUCAGAAGCUUGGGAGAAAUACCCAGUUGGAGAUAUUUGACUUAUCUGAAAAUCAAUUAAGUGGCCCAUUACCAUCACAUCUUUGCAAUGGGGGAAAACUGUCAUCUUUGCAUGUAUUCAGUAAUACGCUCAAUGGAAGCGUCUCAGAAUAUGGGAAUUGCACAACCCUUGUUAGGCUUAGGCUGUCAAAGAAUCAGUUCAGUGGAGAAGUUCCAAAAGAUUUAUGGGGAUUUCCAGGACUUGAAUUGGUAGAACUCAGCAGUAAUAGAUUUGAAGGAAGCAUUCCCACAGAUAUUAGGAAUGCCAAAUCUCUUUCAAAAUUGGCAAUUGAUGACAAUGAAUUCUCAGGUGAGCUUCCAGUUGAGAUUGGUAUGGCAAGCUCUUUGUCUUCUUUUAAUGCAAGCAAUAAUAAUUUUUCUGGAAGAUUGCCAGAUAUAUUUGAUAGAUUGCAUCAAAUUGAGAUAUUGGAUCUAUCACGAAACUCACUUUCAGGAGCAAUUUUUCCUUCAAUUGGAUCUGUGUGGACUCUUGCACUGAUUAAUCUGAAGGCAAAUCAUUUUUCUGGUGAAAUUCCUACACAGAUUGGUAAUCUCCAAAGCCUAACAUACCUAGACCUAUCAGAGAAUCAUCUUACUAAUAAGGUCCCUGCAUCCUUAGGGAACCUUCAUUUGAUUUUCUUCAAUGUGUCAAGCAAUCAGCUCUCUGGGCUAGUUCCCAGUGGCUUGAUUAAAUACAAGAGAGCAUUUUUGGAAAAUCCCAAGCUCUGUGGUGACGGCUUUGCAGACAUUAAACCAUGUACUUCUAAAAGAGGGUAUUUGAAAAUAGUGGUCCUUACUGGUUGCUUUUUCACUGCAUCUGUAGUUUUGGUUGUUGGUCUGUGGUGUUUCUAUAAAAGGCGUUCCAAGCUUCAUCCCAGAGUGAUUAAUAAGAGCACAAUUGACUUUUGCCCUUCCAAGGUAGUGUCCUUUCGCAAGCUGGUUUUUCAUGAGCAUGAAAUUGUGAACUCCCUGAGUGAGGCCAACGUGAUUGGCACUGGUGGAGCUGGAAAAGUGUAUAAGAUAAUUCUGGGUAAUGGUGAGACAGUGGCUGUUAAGAGGCUUCCUGGCAGCACAAAGACAGGGGACUCAGAGUUUGACAGUGGAUUCAAAGCAGAAAUUGAGACUUUAGGCGUAAUUCGGCACAAAAACAUUGUCAAGCUCUGGGGUGGUAUCUCUUUGUCAGAUUCCAACCUGCUAAUCUAUGAAUACAUGUCCAAUGGAAGCAUCGGAAAUAUGCUUCAUGAUCAGAAACCAUGUAGCCUUGACUGGCCUACAAGGUACAUGAUUGCUUUAGAUUCAGCUCAAGGCCUUGCUUAUCUUCACUAUGAUUGCAACCCUCCUAUCAUUCAUUGUGACAUAAAAUCAAACAAUAUCUUGCUGGAUGAGGAACUUCAUGCUCGUGUGGCCGAUUUUGGCCUGGCUAAGAUCUUGAGAAAAUGCAAUAAAGGAUAUGAGACGGUGUUUGCAGUUGCAGGGUCUUACGGGUACAUUGCACCAGAGGUUUCUUACUCACCGAAGGUUACAGCAAAAAAUGAUGUCUAUAGCUUUGGAGUGGUGCUCUUGGAGUUGGUGACUUCUAGGCGGCCUGUCGAUCCAUCUUAUGGUGAAGGUGCCAACAUUGUCAAGUGGGUUAACAGGAUGCUUGAGAAGGAGAAUGGUUUAGAAGAGAUUCUAGAUCAUCAAAUAUCUGAGAUAUAUAAGGACUCAGUUCUGGCUGUGCUUAGAAUUGCUCUUGAUUGUACCAAUUCUUUGCCUUUCAACAGGCCUAAUAUGAGGCAUGUCAUUUGGAUGUUGCAGUCUGCAAAUCCAAACGGUAAAACAAGGACAUUAACAACCGAGCCAAUAGGCAAUGAGCCUGAUACUAUUCAUCUCUAAUAUCUUGAAGGAUUCAAUAAAUCAGACCCAGUUUAUCGAAGAGAUGUAGGUUUGCAUUACAAGCUGAAGCAGAGUCAUAGAUGCAGAGCUUGUUGAUGAAAGAAGCAAAGUUGUACCAUCAAUUUGAUACUUAGGUAUGUUCUGUUCCAUCAAUUUGACGGUUGUGUUCAUGUUUCUGCAACAUGGGUUAUGCACACUGCUAAAUUUUGACAAAUGCUUGGACAAUGCCAGUGCUAUGCAUAAUACAUAUAUUAGCACUUCCAUGUUGCAAACUGCAAAUUAGGUUUUAGGUCUCAGUGAGCUUAGAUUUUGUAAAUUGAACUUAAAAAUUGCAAUGCUGUAACGCUGUUUGAUGGGUUCUUAUGCCUUAUUUGAAGCUUGAAAUUAAUAUAUACAGUCCGAAUUUUUGUGA